AUGAAAACCAGUGCCACACAGUUUGAAAUGAUAGUGAGUUUCAUGGAAACGCAUGGAGAUAUUAAUAAGCCCACUAAAACUGCCCAGGGCAGAAUGAAAGCUAUUAAAGAGUGGGAGAAUCUGACAAAUUUCCUUAACAGUGACGCGACGGGAGAGACAAAAACUACUGAAAAGUGGAAAAAGGUUUGGAGUGACCUUAAAAACAAUAUUAAAAAGAAAGCAGCGAAAAUACACAAGGCUGCUUACGGUACAGGUGGUGGACCUGCAUUGCAGAUCCGACUGACCGAGUUAGAAGAGCGGGUGCUGAACAUAAUAGGGCCCCAGUCAGCAACUGGCCUGCCAGUUGUUGAAGCAGGAUUACCAAUUGUAUAUUGGAUGCGUCCUGGAUCUUCACACCAACCCCAUAUACCACCACCUGUGACGCCACCACCACUACUACCAAUACCAUUAUCACCACCAGUGCCCACUCCACAAACACAAAAUCUACCAAAUACUACUGCUCAGGAUCAACCUGCUCCCCGUGGCCAAACUCCUCGCCGCCGUCGGAUAUCUCCAAUGAGACGUCGCGACGCGACUCGAAGACGGAUUGCUGGUCCUCAGUCCCACUUAGAGCAGGUGUCACAGCAGUUUAUGCAGUCAGACGAAAUGUGGAGGAAUUUCCUCAUAAAAAAGCAUGAGGAUGAAUUACAAUUAGAAAGAGAGAAGCUGCAUGUACAGCAGCUAGAAAUACAAUCACAGCAAAGGUGGCAAGAUGUUGCAUUUCAUGCUAUUGAUAUAUUGGACAAGUUCAUCAAUCAAAAAAAAUGA